GCCUACGAACGCUGGGCACCACUUGCUUGUAAAUUUUUUUGGUUUUGUUUCGGUGCCGCGACUUGAGUGCCCGCUUUUUCCUCGAGUUGUGCGUUUGUCGAGCAGCACGUUGGCCAAAACUUUUUUUCCGUUCAAAACCUGAGGACUAUCGGUGAAAGACGCCCUCCAUCGCAAGCAGCGACUAUUGAAACUGGGAACGUGGGCGACCUUGAACUGGGAGGAUGUCGUUUGACGCUGAGAGGAGCAGCACCAAUGGCAACGAGAGUCCCGAACUCAUAGAAGACGAUUCUCCGUGGACAGCACCAUCAGGGGAGAAGCGCAAGAUUGAGGUGGUGCUGGUGACUGGCUCAAGCGGCUUCCUGGGCCAGCACGUGGUGAAGCUGCUGCAGGAGCAUGACAAAACCGUCAAGGAGAUACGCCUUUUUGACAUCAAGCCAUACGAGAACAAUCUCAAGCACACGACGGAGAAGCCAAUGAAAGCGACGGUGGGAGACAUCUGCAACGCCAAGGCGGUGCAGGAGGCCUUUGCGGGCGUGGACUGCGUCAUCCACACGGCCGCCCUCGUCGACGUCGGCAUGUUCCCCGACACCGAGGCCCUGGAGGCGGUCAACGUCGAAGGCACAAGGACUGUGAUUGACGCGUGCAUCCGCCAGAACGUGCCGUAUUUGGUAUUCACGAGCACGGUGGACGUGGUGGUGAGCAGCAACCACAUCUUCUUCGGGGCGGAGAACACCACCUUCACCCCCAAGCACUUCCUGAUGGGGCCCUACGCGGAGACCAAGCACCGGGCCGAGCAGCUGGUGCUCCAGGCCAACCAGCGCGUCCUCGCAGACGGAGACACCAAGUUCCGCACGCUGGUGCUGCGCCCCACGGCCAUGUACGGGGAGCAGGACCAGCACUUUGUGGUGCAGUUUCUCAAGCACGCUAAGGCCUCCAAGAACUGCCUCACCAAGAUCCGCAGCGUAGACGAACGCUUCCAGGUGACAUACGUGGGCAAUGCGGCGCUGGCCCACCUGUAUGCAAAGGACAAGCUGGCCGUGGACGAGUCGGUGGCCGGGGAGGUGUUCUACGUGACGGACGACACCCCGCUGGAGGACAUCUACGAGUUCCUGCGGCCCUUUGUGGAGUGCCAGGGCUGCCGCCUGUCGGACUACACGGUGCCCUACCUGCUGGCCAUCCUGGUGCUCAUGCUGCUGGCCCUGGUGCUGCGCCUGCUGCGCCCGGUGUACCGGCCCCGCUCUUUCGUGCCCACCCCGUCGGCCGUCACCUACAUCUGCACCUCGCUCUUCUUCAACCGCACCAAGGCUACCCUGCGCCUGGGAUACUACCCGGCCGUGUCCCCCGACGAGGCCGUCCAGCGCUCGGUUUCCUACUACAAGGCCAUACAGUUCCCGGGCUGAGGGUCCCUGGCUGGCGCGUGAACGGUUUCAUGGGGGUUUUUGGGAUGUUGUGACGUCUCAUGGAGGUCCCCAGGAUGCCGCGAUGUCCUGUGGCAGUAACGACGUGAUCCACAGGAGAUCGCAAUGUCUCGUGGAAGCCCCUGGGACGUUGCGAUGUCCCGUGGAAGCCCCUGGGAUGUCGUGACGCCUUGUAGAUCUUGUAGGGACGACCGUCUGAGCCGACUCGGUGCCUCGUUACCGUUCCACAAUCAGGGAUGAGCUGUUUUUCUGAAGGGUGACAACGAAGACAAUUUUGAAAACUAUGUCAUGUUUUUUUUUUUUUUGUUUUUUUCUUGAGGUUUUUUUGGGGCCAAGUACACCCUCUGCAUAUUUUUUCCACAAUUUUCACACCUAUAUUAUUUUGUGCAAAGGUCAACAUGGAAACAGUGGCAGGCCUCUGUUCAGUAUUUGCCCUUGAGACAGAAAGAGAUGCAUAGUGUUCCCAGCUAAAAUUUGGAGAAGGCAACUGUGGGAAGUGGAAGCAAGCAUGAACACUCACCUUUUACUUCUUUUGAGACACAGAAUUGCCAUUUUACAUUGGGGGCUUUAAAUUUUAAUUUGUUUUCUCGGGUUCUUUAAAUAAAGAUUCCUCAUCUCUCUUGGUUAUAACUUGCAUCAGAUUUCUGCAGUUAAUUUUUUUUUAGGACCUCUGAGCUCAGAAGCUUACAUUGAUGAGUAUAUUGUUCACAAGAUGUUUACUGAAUGGUGGUUUAGGUGACCAAGCUCUUUUCCUUGUGGCACAAUUUAUCGAGGGGUUUCCUUUUUCGUAGGGGGUACACCAAUGGGUUGCUGCACCCCCCGUGUUUGUGGGUGAAUGUCCAGUAAGUUUUGGCCUCUCCUGAUAACCUGGGGUUCACUCUUUGGCUGGAGGUUCCAGUUGUACCUGCUUGUGUGUUUGAGGUGUACCAAUUUGUUGUGGAAAGGUGCUUUUGUAUCGGAUAUUUCUAUGUACGCACUUCCUGGUCUUAUACUGAUAGUUUUAUAUUUUUACUACAAACUUGUUGGUUCCUUUGCCUGUGCCUCAAGACGUCUGUGUUGCGCUGUCUUGGCAAAAGUGCCUUCUUUUUUUAUAUAAAAUGCUCUAUUCUUCUUA